UGACAUGAACGUUGACAUUUUUGGUUGACUUCAAGGCUAUAAGUCCAACUAACACAUUUUGAAAUCUUGGUGAAAAUAUUAAUAAGCUGACCAUGUCAGAGCGACUACAAAGCUUAUCCAAAGGCGGUGCAGCCUCGCAUGUGUCUAUGAGCCGCGGUAGGUCAUCAACAUUAAGAAAAUCAUCGGCGUCAAUCGCAGUAAACCCAUACGCAGACUUGAAAGAAGAAGAAAAGGACGAACUGGCGAACCUCACUGAAGAUGAACUAGCCGAAUUGAGAGAAACAUUCAGCAUGUUCGACAAACAGGGGGUUGGUUACAUCACCACAGAAGAACUAGGUAACGUAAUGCGUGCCAUGGGUCAGAACCCUACUGAGGCCGAGCUACAAGACAUGAUCGAUGAAGUAGACCAAGACGGCAACGGUGUUAUCGACUUUGAAGAGUUUUGCAGUAUGAUGGUUACCAAGUACAAAACUAAGUUUUCCGAGGAAGACAUCAAGCAGGCGUUCAAUGUGCUGGAUACAGAUGGAAAAGGUUACAUAACUCCGCUGGAACUGAAACAGGUCUUGGUUUCGCUAGGUGAAAAGUAUAGUGACGACGAUGUGAAAGAGAUGAUCAAGGCUGCGGAUUUCGAUGGAGAUGGUCGAGUAUCGUAUGAUGAUUUUUUGCAGCUGAUGACCAUGAAGUACAGUGAGCUGCAACCACCAGAAGAACAGAGCGAUGGCGGUCGCGAAUAAUGUUCUGAGGUUGUGGCUAGAUGACUACAUAAAUGUGACCCAAGGCUCUAGCCAUAGGAGGCCACAGGUAUCAUAACCUAUAAAUGAAAGUUCUUUAAUUCACCAUAGACUAUAUAUAUAUAAUAAAUGUAUGUUUACCUGG